GGGAGGGGCGGGUCUUAACGAGAACACGACUCGCCUUGUUGUGUGUAUUCCCGUGCUCGCAUCGCCAUCUUGUUGCAAUCCUAAUUUUUUUUUUUUUUACGUAUGCGAGGAUCUACUUUCCGUUUGGUCGGAUUCAAAAUCGCCCGUCUGCCUUUCGGGAGAAACCCAGCGGGACGAAAGAGCUCGGGUGUGCGGGUGUGAACUGUGCACACGGCGCUUCCUACCGGGACACUACCUACCCCCCUCUCGGUCUUUUUUCUCCCCCCUUCCUUCCGUCCCGGGCCACCGGGUCGCCUGCCGUGAGGGUUUUUUACGCGCAAUGAGCAUCGAUACACUUUUGGAGGCGGCCAGAUAUCUGGAAUGGCAAGCCCAGCAACAACAGAUCACACGUGAGGAAGAGCAGCGCAAAGAGAAGGAGCUCAUCAGCCGGGAGGCAGAGUCAAGACGCGUGGAACUCGUGACCUCGUUGUCUCAGCCAGUCAGAGCCAACCACAUCACUUGGAGCGAUGACACUCACCGCCAACAGCCGCUUCACCCUCCCGCCCCUCCGCCACCCUCUCUCCAACCUCCUCAAGUCCCCAUCGCUGUCAUACCAAUGGUCCCAGUUGUCACAGCGACACCCUCUGUUCCGCCCCUUCCGCUUACAACACAGAUUGCUGUGGCGGCGACGUCGCUCAAGAGCUCCCCGCCAGCCAAAAACGCUUCCUCCCCACCACAGCAGCAAUACCAGCAGCAGCCGCAGCCGGAACAGAAGCCGCAGCCGGAACUGAAGCCGCAGCUGGAACAGAAGCCGCAGCCACAGCUGCAGCCGCAGCCGCAGCCGGCCUCUCCUCACCUGUUGUGCGCCGCCCAGAUAAAGGUAGAGACUAAUGAGCAGUUGGUUGAUGCAAAGCCCAUCCAAUUACAGCCUCAGGUUCAGAUUCAGUACUCAACCUCCAUCAGCACUAACGGCUCUGGCUCUCAACAUGCACUGGUUCCCCAUCAAGCUCCGCCCACAUCUCAGCCGCGGCCUAAUGGAGUGACGAUUGAGGACAUUAAGGGGAUGGAAGGGAAGAGGAGACCAGGAGGAGCGGGGACCAGAGAGGUGCAUAAUAAACUGGAGAAGAACAGGCCCUUCAGGCGAGCGCACCUCAAAGAGUGUUUUGAGACGCUGAAGAAGAACGUUCCAAAUGUUGAUGAGAAGAAAACCUCCAACCUCAGCGUUCUCCGCAGCGCUUUGCGUUACAUACAGACUCUGAAGAGGAAGGAGAAGGAGUACGAGCACGAGAUGGAGCGUUUGGCCAGAGAGAAGAUCGCUACGCAGCAGCGGCUGGCCGAGCUGAAGAACGAACUCAGCCAGUGUAUGGACGUCAUUGAGAUCGACAGAGUCCUCCGACAAACCAUCCAGCCAGAGGACGACCAGGCCUCCACGUCCACCGCCUCAGAAGGAGAAGACAACUUUGAGCAGGACAUUGACGAUGACGUCCCUGCUCCCAUUCCUGCUCCCACGUCCCUCCCCAAACCAACACCUCCCAUUUUACAAGCCCAGCCGCUCCUCACCCCUCACCUGUCAAUCCAGCACUCCACACUGCCUCUCUCCGGAGUCCUGACCACGGCCUCGCCCUCUGCUCCCCCUCUCCCUCAAGCCAUCGCCCCCGCUCCAGGUCCGCCCCCUCACCCCAUCCAACCCCAGGCUUUGCAGGUCCAGCCCACCGUCAUCGCUCACGCCGCCGUCUCCCACCCCUCGGUCAUCCAAGCGGUCAAUCACGGCAUGCCAGCCAAUCACAAGCACCUAACACACAUCGCCCCGUCACCUGGCCCCACUUCCUCCACCCCUCAGCCAAUCGCAGCAGCUCCAGCAGCCACCGCCACUCACCAGCAGAUAGCCACCCAGUCCAUCGGACACAUCACCGUCCACCCGGUGGCUCACCUGGGAGGCCCCCUGCCAUCCCACCUCUCGACUCUUUACCCCCAAGGCGUCUCUGUCUCCCAGCCCACCAUGGUGGGCCACAUCACUCACACCUUCACCCAUCACACCCUGCCGCACGUCCAGGCUAAUCCUCAAGCUAACACUAAUGGUGCCCAGGUGAACAGCGCAGCCGUGAUGAGCCAGGGGAGCCCGUCGCUAGGGAAACCCACGGCAGUGCUGGCCCCCCACCCACAGCUGGUUGGACAGGCUGCCGUCCUCAACCCCGUUACCAUGGUUACAGUCCCAACCUUCCCUGUCAGCACUCUCAAACUGGCCUGAAAGAAUAAAAAAGGAGGGAAGGAGAGAAAGAUUCAGAACUUCUGGAUGAGUUUUCACACUCCUAUCAAUAAUCAACAAAACAAUGUUUUAUGGACAACUUCUAAAGAAUAUCUCCAGAGAUAUUUCGGUCACAGCUCUGUUAGUUUGUGAACAAUAACAUUAAAGCAGAGUCAGUGGGUCAGGCCAUUGUUUGUGAAAAUAAGACUGUGACAUUUGUCUGCGCUGCAAAGACAGGAACUGUUUUUACCUUCCUUCCUUGCCUUCUUCUCUCCUUCCUUCCUUUACAACCAGAAGCACUAACAUAAUAAGCUCAGUUCACACUCAGGCAUCAAGGAUUUACCUUAACUAUCCAUUCACUCAUUGAGGAAAAAAAACACAUGAGAGAGAGUGAGAGAGAGAGAGAGAGAGUUGUGUGUCAUUAGGCUGUUGCCAUGGUGAUACAGUAUGUGCCCAUUUUUAUAUUAAUGAUGUCAUGUGGGACAUUCUGGUGGAAUAAUGUCACUGAUGUGUUUGAGAGCAGAAGGAGGCAGCUCAGCGGUCUUACUGAUCUGAAUUAAUUACACAGAGCUUUGAUCAAGAGUGAAGUAGACCACAUUACAUAGUCAGCUAACUAGUUCACUUACUGAUGCAGUUCUUUUCUUUUUGUUAGGACCACUGUAGGAAAGUUCCUCAUUUAUAUUACUUCUUGUUUCUUUUCCCUUGUUUACUUUUGCUCCCAGUCCUUGCAUAGAAACGUGGUCCAUGAAGUGUGUUUACUCCAUCUUCCUUCCACAUGAAGAUUCCUCACCAUCGCACUUGGCAACAGUCAGAUAAAACUAACAGUGCAAUAAUAAAACAGGGUCCAAUCUUCAGUAGGUAAAAAUAGACAAAAAGAAGAAAAAAGACACAACCUGGAAGUCUUUAUAUGUGAUUUCUCUUCUGCUGUCAGCUUCUGUCACAAGUGCCCAAUUCAACAGCGGAGUUAUUUAUUCACUUCCCCCUUCUGGCUUUCUUUUUGGAGAGCGAUUCCAAAACAGUAGAGUGUCCCUUCAAACAUGGAGCAACUCCAGCAAUGAGGGGCACGAUUACAGGGGAAGAAUUAUGGCAAUGAUUGCUUGGUUUGCUUAACAUACAGUAGCAUCUGUUUUUACCGGCGUUGUGGAGAAGAUAUUGCACGGACUUUGGAUUUUCUUGUGGUCAUGCUGGAUAAGAAGGUUGUCUACUUAUCACAAAUGCCUAAAAUGUGUGUAGUGAAUUUAAUAUAAAGACAGGAGAGAUGUUGGAAUCCCGUUUUACUGCUCUCAAAACAUUCAGUGACAGGUUUCCUCCUGUCGCCGUCAUCGGCGAUGUUCCCUGAAGGCACUGCAGGGCGAAACAGGUUUUUCACCCUCUUCACUCUAAUGCAACAGCUCCCUCUGCUGCCUCAUCCCAGACCUCAUACCGAUGUUACUCACACACAAACACUUCGGGGCACAACACAAAUAUCCUGCAGAGGCUUUUUUUAAAUCUGGGGGAAAAUAUGACGAGACGUGCCGAGUGCCUCUUGACCUCGAAAGCAGUAGUUUUGACAAUUCAAAAUCUUAACUCGAGAAACGAUCCUGACUGAAGUUUUCGUACUGUAUUAUAUUACAUACAAUAUUGAACUUUGGUCAGGUGACAAACUCCAACUGAUGAGAUCAGUGUGAGAUGGAUGAAAGCUCCAGAAAAGCUAGAAAGUGGAGCAAGAGUUGAGAUUUUCUUUUUUUUUUUUGUCAAACAAGGAGAAAUAAAAGUUUUUCUCACUGAACGGUCUUCAAAAGUUUGGAUAUAGCACAAAAGAAUAUUUAAAAAAGACAGGAAGAAGUACUGUUCAGGCCUAAGAGCAGUCUGCAUUUUAUUGGAGUUUUGUGAAGAAUAAUUUGGCAGCGACGUAAUGUUUAACAGACAAUAUCAAAGCUAAAAUCCUCUGCUCCAGUCCAGUAAAUCUGUUUUGUUUUUUUUACUUCAAAAUGGAAAAUGUGUUGUGUUGUGCCCACUCUUCUUUGUGUGCAUCUUUUGUGUGUGUGUGUGUGUGUGUGCGCGUGUGCGUGUAUGUUCAUGUGUGUUUAUGUGCACAUACUCAAAAACGUUCACGGCUUCACCGCCUUCUUGCCAGCCUAUACACGUCGCACCAUAAAACUCCCUUCAGUGUAUGUGUAUGUAGUCAAUGUGGCGUGGAUCUGCUCCUCGCCUCUUCUGCUGUUUCUGUAUGUUACGUCUGUAUAUGUGACCGUAUUCAAUAUGUUUUAUAUUCUGUACUAUAGUUAAUCCUACUGUACCUGUAGCAUGGCUCUGUUUUUUGGUUAUAGUUUACCCGUGUGUGUGUGUGUGUGUGUGUGUGUGUGUGUGUGUGUGUGUGUGUGUGUGUGUGUGUGUGUGUGUGUGUGUGUGUGUGUGUGUGUGUGUGUGUGUGUGUGUGUGUGGCAAACAAGCUAUUUUUUUACACAGAGGUGAUUUAUGGUAUGAGCCUGUUUGGGUGCUAUCGUGUGUGCCUAUACUCAGUUUUCCUGAACACUGUGACAACUCUGGCAAAACACGAACACAUUGAGCGAAUGGAAGAGAUUUACUGUCCUAAUUGAUUUUUUUUUUUGUUUUUAAAUGUUUUUAAGUUUUCCAUUUUGUGAGUUGGACUGAGACAUGGAGUGGAAAAAGUUUAAAAAAACAAAAAAAAGUUGUUGCUCUUUUCUCGAUAACACAAUAAUGUCUAAUAUUCAAUUUGAGUUUUGUAAUAUUUGUAUGUACGUAUGAAAGUUUUGUAAAUUUGUGAUCGUAUGCACGUUUUGGCAUAUGAGUAUGUAUCUUCAAAUUUUCAAAUGCUUGUUCCUUUUUGGUUUUGUUUUGCAUGUAGAUUGCCGUUUAGUUCCCUUUGUUUAAAGGUUUUGUUUUUCUGUUUAUUUUUGGGACCAUGUACAAUACUGUAUAACGUGGGCAGGAUCUUGGACCUCAUGCUACAUUGAUAUUAUAUAUGAAUAUAAAAACAUGUUUUCCCUAUGGAGAAAGUUUUAAGUUAUAUAUCGCCUGUACACUUUGGGCUGCCUUUUAGAUCUAACUGUCCACUGUUUAAGAUAACAAUGAUGAUAAUGGAUAAAACAUAUUAAUGAUGAAGAAUUAUGCUGAUGAAAUAAUAAAGAUUCUUAAUAAAUCUUAUUACAUUUACAACA